GUCCCACACUAAAAUCCUACUUGCAACCAACCUGCAUAUCACCAGACUUCGUUCCUUGGCCCACCUGGGUAACGUACCAACUGGAUCAUCACGCAUGCCUGCACACUCGUCAACAAGGAUUAAGCUUAUGCCCGCUUGCAGUUUUUAUAAGUAACCAGUACCUAGCCUCGGCCCCGCUUCUUUGUCUCAUCUUCAAAAUGUCUCAAAUUCGCGACGCACUUAUUCAGACAGCAAACAGCUACAUAGCCGGCUUCAACACAAAUACUGCCGAAGGGGUCGUAGCCUGCCGCACCGCAGACUGCAAACAAAUUAUCUGCCCGUCCAACGUCCCUCCGCCGUGGAGCAGCCCACCGAGGACCAACCAGGAAUACCAGGACUUUGUCGUGCCCGGAUUUAAGCAGAUACGGAAUCUCAAGAUCAAAUUUGCUGAGGGUGAGGACAUGAUUGUGGAUGAGGUGUCACGCAAGGUCAUGCUGCAUCUCACGUCGACCGGAGAGACGGACUUUGGACCUUACACCAAUGAGUACAUGAUUGUGCUCAAGAUGACCGAGGAUGGGACGCAGAUCAGGGAGAUUGUGGAGUUUAUUGAUAGUGCGACCUGUCGGGAUAUCGCCACGGCCAUGGCUCAGCAUGCUAGACCAGAGUGAAGAUGCGACUUGGGGCCCGGUAGAGAUAUUGGUGAGUUCCGGCUGACUUUGACUUGAACGGUCGAGAUCUUCAUUGGAGUGGCGCCUAGAGGCAUUUAUGCUAGUCAAUCAUCAGAUCAUUCCAAAGUCA